CGCGGGAACGCCCCACCGCCACGCGCGUUCUUGCCAGGAACGCUUUUCAGGGGUCACUCUCACGAUUGUCGAUUUCUGGAGGCUCAAGCGGUUGCUCUGCUGCAGCUCUGAUAGCCCAUGGGCAGACAUGGCCUGCUAGAGUACCAGGUCUAUUUGCUGAUUUGCUAUACUGGUGUCACUCUCAUUCUGCGCACUGCGUUUUCAGCUGAGGAUUACAUGGCCAGUCUCUUUAAGAUUGCGCAACCAUCACCGGGAGUCAUCAGGCGCCCGCCCUGCUUGUUCGCCUCUUUUAACGACAAAUUCACACACCCCUGGCCAUUGACCAACACUGCCACUACAUACAGUAAUGAGGAACAGUCGCUCUCAGCCGCAGUACGCUGGCCUGUGAGAUCCUUGGAUCCCCAUUGUAUCUCAGAGGCGAGUGGAGAGAAGCCAUUGGAGCCUCUCCCUGGGUUAGACCUCAGCACUCUGAGCAAGCCUUGUUUAGCCCCUGUGACAUCUCAUCACCACAUGUACCCUCGCCUCAAGGGCUGAAUGGCUCAGUCGGCCUCCAGUGCGGAGGACGAAAGAUUUGCUCUCCAACCCCUGUCCGGCAACCCAAGCCAGUGCAGCUCCACAAAACUCACGACCCUA